AUGUCUUUUUUUGACGAAUCACCAAUCGAUAUUAAAAUCGAAACACCAGAAUCUGAUAUUGAAAAAAACGAAGUUGUAGAUUCAGAAAGUGAAAAUAUUUUUGGAUCUUUUAUAAUUUUGUUAAAGAUAGAAUAUUCACACAAUCCAAUAACUUCGAUUUAUAAAAUUAUUGAUGAAUCUGGUGUGUCUUUAUAUAUUAAAUUUGAUAAAAAUAAUCAAACAUUUAUUGAAGCAGCUUAUAACAAAUUAUGUGAAUAUUUCGAACCUGAUUAUGAUCGUCUCGAAUCAGUUUAUAGUGGAAAAAAAGUAAACAAAAAAAAUAUUAUUACAUAUUAUUUAAAUGAUUUGGAAUAUUCUAUUUUGGAAACAAAAUAUAUAUUAGAUAUCAUUGAUUUAAAUACUUUUAGUGAUGAAUUUGAAUUUAAGAAUGAUGCUGUUAAACAAAAAAUUCUCAAUAAAUCUGAAAGAUUGAAUAAUGAUUAUUAUAAAGAUUAUAUUGAAAAAAGAAAAAGAAAUUAUAAUGAAAUUUCUAUUGGAGAAAAUGCUGUUGCAAAAAUUCUUAAAAGAUAUAAUAACGAAAAUUCUGGAACAUCUAUUAGAAUUACACAAAAAAUUGAGAUUACAAAACGUAGUAGUCCUUUUGUUUUUGGAUUUGUUGGAGCACCUGGUGUUGGUAAAACUACUAUUAUUAAUAAAAUUAAAGAUCAUUUAAUUUCAAUUGGAAUUGGAGUAGAUGAAAUUUAUAUUAGCAAGGAAUUACGAGAUAUUAUUUCUGAAAUGAAUAAAAGUAAAACAAAAAAUAAUAUACAAAAUGAAAUUACUAAAUAUUAUAAAAAGUUUCUUGAAGAUACAGUUCAGAAAAAAAUGAUGAUAGGAAUUAAAGAGUUUAUUAAUAAUAUUGAUUUUGAUUUAAUUAUUAAUAUUGAAAGAAGUAAAGAAGAUGUAUUAAAAGUUCGAAAUGAUGAUGAAAAUUAUUCUGAAUUUGAAAUUACGAAAUUAUAUUAUAGAUAUAAUAUUAUUAAUGAAGAAGAUUAUGAUAAUACCAAAAUUUUUACAUUUGAUAAUCAUGGAGAGUUUAAUGAUGAAAAAAAUAAUAUUUUAGUUGAUUUA